CGGGACCAGCCAGCUAAUAGGAUACUGCUGUUUAACUCCCGUGGGCGAUGCGUUCUGGUGCUGCAGUCAGGGCCUGCCGGAAAGUCUGCAGGUGCCUAUUGUCUGGGUUUGGAGGUCGAGUGGAUGGGGGGCCGUCUGAGCCUUUGACGGAAGGGAGUAGCUCCUUCGGAGUGCCCCUGCGGUCGCAAGCGGAGCUGCCCCGGGGGAGCGAGCCGACCGAAGUCCCCGAGUCCGGUGAGGGGAGCGAGGAGCUGCUAGAGAUCUGUCAGAGAAGGCAUUUCUUCAGCGGCAGCAGGCGGCAGCUUAGCCGACAUUCUCUUCUGAGCGGGUGCCACCCCGGCUUUGGCCCCUUGGGCAUAGAGUUGCGGAAGAACCUGGCGGCAGAAUGGUGGUCCUCCGUGGUGGUGUUAAGGGAGCAGGUCUUCCCGGUAGACGCCCUCCACCAUGAGCCAGGCCCUUUGCUGCCCGGGGACAGUACCUUUAGGUUAGUUUCAGCAGCAACUCUACGCGAACUCUUGCAAGACAAAGAGCUGAGUAAGGAACAGCUAGUAGCAUUUCUUGACAACUUACUGAAAACUUCUGGGAAACUACGGGAGAACCUUCUUCACGGUGCGUUGGAGCACUAUGUUAAUUGCCUGGAUCUGGUAAACAGGAGGCUGCCUUAUGGCCUUGCUCAGAUUGGAGUGUGUUUUCAUCCUGUUUCUGAUACUAAGCAGACACCUGAUGGUGUUAAAAGAAUCGGUGAGAAGACUGAGGCUUCACUGGUUUGGUUUACUUCAGCAAGAACUGCAGGCCAGUGGCUUGAUUUCUGGUUACGUCAUCGACUCCUGUGGUGGAGAAAGUUUGCCAAGAGUCCAUCUAACUUCAGCAGCAGUGAUUGUCAGGACGAAGAGGGACGAAAAGGAAAUAAACUUUACUACAAUUUUCCAUGGGGAAAGGAGCCAAUCGAGACCCUGUGGAAUCUAGGAGACCAUGAACUUUUAAACAUGUGUCCUGGAAAUGAGUCUCAAUUACACGGCCGAGAUGGACGAAAAAAUGUGGUUCCUUACGUUUUAUCUGUUAGUGGAAAUCUAGACCGAGGCAUGCUGGCUUAUCUCUACGAUUCUUUCCAGCUAACAGAGAGCUCCUUUACAAGAAAGAAGAAUCUUCAUAGAAAGGUACUUAAACUUCACCCUUGUUUAGCCCCUGUUAAGGUUGCUUUGGAUGUGGGAAGAGGCCCAACAGUGGAAUUAAGACAGGUUUGUCAAGGACUAUUUAGUGAAUUACUAGAAAAUGGUAUUUCUGUGUGGCCUGGUUAUUUGGAAACUGUGCACUCCUCACUGGAACAACUUUAUUCAAAAUAUGAUGAAAUGAGUAUUCUCUUCACAGUUUUGAUUACUGAAGCUACUUUGGAGAAUGGGUUAAUACAUCUGAGAAGUAGAGACACCACGAUGAAGGAAAUGAUGCAUAUAUCCAAAGUAAAAGACUUUUUAAUCAAGUAUAUAUCAUCAGCUAAGAAUGUAUAGAUUUUAAUAUUUAUAUAAUAAAUAUUCUUCCUUCCUAAUUUGA